CAUAUUAACUGAUCUUCAUCAGCGAAUUAAGCUCAGUUCAGUUUUAACUGUAUCCCAGUGAAGACGAAAUAAUAUUCCUAGAAUUUUAAACGAAUCGAAAUUUUCUUUUACCUCAAAAAAUACUUGUAUAUCUAACAAAUCAAAAAGCAAAGUAUAAUUCAAAAAGUUAAAUAAAAAAUGCCAUUGCAACCAAUUAAAUUUUACUACGAUUUUAUAAAUCAAUCCAGUCGUGCUUUAUAUAUACUUUUGGCAGCUUCGAAGGUUCCGUAUGAAGCGGUUCCAAUCUCGGUACUAAAAGGCGAACAUUUGACCGGAGAAUUUCGGGAUAAAGUAAAUAGAUUUAAAAAAAUUCCAGCCAUUACCGAUCAUGGAUUUCAAUUAUCAGAAAGUGUUGCUAUUUUCCGCCAUUUGUCUCGAGAAAAACUUGUGCCAGAACAUUGGUAUCCUCGCAAAAAUUUAGGUCGCAGCCGUAUCGAUGAAUUUCUUGAGUGGCGUCAACGCAACAUGGGUUUGGCGUGUACCGAUUAUUUUCAGCAAAAGUGGUUAGUGCCAUACUUGCAAAAAACCAGACCAAAUGAUAAUUCGGUGAAUGUAGCCGCUAAACAACUUGAGCACACACUUAAUGAUUUUGAAAAUCUCUUUUUGCAUUCCAAAAAAUUUAUGGUAGGAGAUACUGUUUCAUUUGCUGACUUAGUGGCAAUUUGUGAAAUUGAUCAGCCAAAAUACAUUGGAUUUAAUCCAUUUGCCAAUCGCAAUAAAUUGUCAAGAUGGUAUCAAUCCGUUCAAGAAGAAUUGGGACCCUACUACAAAGAAGUAACAGACAAUUUCGAAAAUAAACUGAAAUCUGCUGAAAAGGAUCAUAAAGAAGCAAUUUCACUGAAGCAAUAACAACAAAAAACGUCAUUUGUUUUUUCAUUACUACUUUGUAAAUUAUUAGUUAUUAAGUUGUGUCGUUAUUUUCAUGUUUAUUGUUUAAAUUAUCAAAUUUUGAAAUUGUUUUUAUUAACUAUUAGUAUAUUGUAUAUUUAAAUACAAACGAUAAGUGCAUACGUGUUAAGUAUGUUUACAUAAAUAUGUAUGUUUAUAAUUAAUUUUCUUAUUAUUUAUUGAAAGCGCUGACAUUUUCUAAUAAGUCGGAAAUAUUCGUAUACCUAACUAAAGGACCGUUUUCACCUAUGAAAUAUUUGAUGAAAAAGAAGUAACC